CCAUACUAUCUGCUAAGUGCAAUAAAGUGAAGUGCAAUAAAAUGAGGGAUGCCUGUAGUUGUUAACAAAAUAGUCGAAAAUCCAAGCUUUCACAGAUUUUUGGAAAUGUUAGUGGUAAGUGUAGUUUAUGUAAUAUGGAGGAAGUCAGAAAUGGUAGAGUUUAGAAUAACCAAUUAGGAUACACUGUUAUAUGUAAUGAUCACAUAUUUAAAUAAUUUUAAAAAUUGGGAUAAUGCACUUAUGUUUAAUGAUAAAACUAAACAUUAAGCGGGAUUUAUUCCAAGGAUACAAGGGUGGUUCAGUAUUUGCAAAUCAAUCACCAUGAUACAUCAUGUAAAAUAAAGACUAUGAACAUAAUUUAAUCUUUUAUUUAUAGGAGACAUCUAUUUUCAUGAUUUUCUUUUGGUUGCAAUGUAGAAAGACUUUCAGGCUGAGAUUUUUAUAAGGAUACACUUGGGAAUAUAAUAUAGAGGAACUUCAUGGAAAUCCUAGAAUUGGAACUGUGGAAUGGAUGGGCUUUCUAGAGACUAGAACCCAAAGUCUUCAUAUCCUAGUGUACUAGUUAUCUAUUGCUAUGUAACAUAUUAGCCCCCAAUUUAAUGUCUUUAUUUCACAGUUUCUAUGGGUCAGGAGUCUAAGCAUGGCUCAGUUGCGUGCUUCUGGCUCGAGAUUUCACACGAGGUUGCAAUCAGUGUGUUGGCUGGGGCUUCUGUCAUCUGAAGGCUUGACUGGGGAAGGAUCUGCUUCUCAGACUGCUCACAUAACUUUUGGCAGGUUUUAGGUAGUUGCUGUCUGUUGGCUGCACACAUGAGUUCUUUGCUGUGUGGGUCUUCCAGUUCACAGCAUGGCAGCUGGCAUCCCAGAGUGAGAGAGGGUGACAAGAUGGAACCUAAUCUCAGAAGUGAUAUCCCAUCACCUCUCGUGAAUUCUGUUUGCUAGAAGCAGGUCAGCAAAUCCAGUCCAUACUUGAAAGGAUUACACAAGGGCAUGAAUAACCAGGAUAUGGGAAUUAUUAAGAUCAUUUUAUAAACUGCCUGUUGUACCAAGUAUACCCUAGAGAUCUCACCAGAAUUUUUGUGUGUGUGUUUUAUUCUAGUUCUCUACCAUAAAUGCCCCUAAGGCAGUCUAAAUGUACAUUUUUUUUGCUACCAAUUAUAGUUCUUAACUAUUAAUCUUUAUUUAUUUAUUUUUGCAUCUUAUUUUUAGUUUUCCCUUAUAUUUAGUUUAUCCAGGGCCUGAGAUGAACUCUACUGCCUCAUGGUAUUUUAUCUUCUGCCUCUGCUGUUAGUCAUUUUGAAUAUGUCCCUAGCACCUUGUUCAAAUUUUUGAGAGAGAGAAGGUGGGUAGGGAGGGGAUAUAGUAUGUUUUGAAUAUACCUCCCUCAUCUGUGAACACAGUUUAAGCAGUGUGGAUAUCUAAAUACUAUUGUAGAUGUUUAUUGAAUAGAAGAUAAUAGAAUAUUUCUCAUAAAAUUAGAAAACUUUGAGAUAUACAGACUUUGAGGAGAGAAUUAUAUGGAAAUCUCUACUUUUUUUUUAGACAUUACACAGUAAAGUAUAAAAAAGGCAAACAUUUCUUUAUAGUCAGUUCUAUGCCCAUAAUGGGGCUUGAACACAUGACCUUGAGAGCAAGAGUUGCAUGCUUUACUGAUUGAGCCAGUGAGGCACCCCCAAACAUCUGUAUUUUUAUCACACAGAAUUAAUAACCAUUAACAUUUGUUCAUUUUGCAUUUAAGUCUUUUUCCCCCAGGUAAUAAAGUUUGUAGUUGAAACUCAGCUCCUCUUAAACCAUCACUCUUAGUUCUGUUUCAUGGAACUUACCUGAUGUGCAACUACUGUUACAGAUUUGGUUUCCAGUAAUUAUCUGCAGGAUUCGCCAUGACCCCAGCUCUGAGGGAGGCAGCAACAAAGGGUAUCUGCUUUUCAUCUUUACCAAGUACCAUGGAGUCUGACAAGAUGCUAUGCAUGGAAAGUCCAAGAACUGUAGAUGAAAAGCUCAAGGGAGACACUUUGUCUCAGAUGCUGGGAUUUCCAACUCCUGAACCUACUCUUAACACUAACUUUGUGAAUUUAAAACAUUUUGGCUCCUCUCAGUCUUCAAAACAUUAUCAGACAGUUCUUUUAAUGAGUUCUAAUUCUACAUUAAAUAAAUACAGUGAGAAUUACAAACAAAGGAAAUUAGGGGAACCCAAUUGUAAUAAGCUGAAAAACCUACUGUGUAAUGGCAGCAAUAUUCAGCUUAGUAAAAUCUGUCAUUCUCAUUCUGAAGAGUUCAUCAAAAAGGAACUUCUGUCAGAUAGCACAAGCCAGUGCAUGACAGAUGUACAAAUUAUUUUGGAUUCAAAUAUAACCAAAGACACUAAUGUAGAUAAACUACAACUGCAAAACUGCAAAUGGUACCAAAAGAGUGCACUUUUGGAUAAAGUUACUGAUGCUGAAAUUAAAAAGGGCUUAUUGCACUGUGCUCAAAAGAAAAUUGGGCCUGGCCACUCAAAUGUGCCUAUUAGUUUCUCAGCUGCUGAAAAAGAGGAGGAAGUGAAUGCUCGUUUACUUCAUUGUGUAAGCAAACAGAAAAUGUUACUUAGCCAGGCUAGAAGAACUCAGAAACAUUUACAGAUGCUUCUGGCAAAGCAUGUUGUUAAGCACUAUGGUCAACAAAUGAAAUUUUCUCUGAAACAUCAACUCCCUCAAAUGAAGAUCUUUCAUGAACCUACCACAGUUUUGGAUAGCAGUUUACCUAAAUACACUGAAAUUAAGCCAGAAGUCAACAUGUUGACUGCAGAGACUAAAUUGUGGAGUGAUACAAAAAAUGGCUUUGCACGGUGUACAGCUGCAGAAAUCCAAAGAUUUGCACUGUCUGCUACAGGGCUGUUGUCUCAUGUUGAAGAAGGUCUGGAUUCUGAUGCAACUGAUAGCAGCUCUGAUGACGAUUUGGAUGAAUAUACCGUUAGAAAAAAUGUGGCAGUUGACUGUAGUACUGAAUGGAAGUGGCUUGUAGACAGAGCUAGAGUUGGCAGCAGAUGGACGUGGCUUCAAGCCCAGAUUUCAGAGCUCGAAUACAAAAUCCAACAACUAACGGAUGUUCACAGGCAGAUUCGUGCAUCCAAGGGGAUAGUGAUCCUAGAAGAAUGUCAACUUCCAAAAGACAUUUUGAAAAAACAAAUACAAUUUGCUGACCAAGCAGCUUCAUUAAAUACUACAGGGAAUCCCCAGAUUCCCCAAGAGAGUCAAGAUCCUUUACCAGAACAAGAUUUUGAAAUGUCACCAAGUAGCCCUACACUUCUUCUUCGCAACAUAGAAAAACAGAGUGCACAGUUGACUGAGAUCAUCAACAGUUUGAUUGCCCCUCUCAACUUGUCCCCAACUUCAUCACCCCUAUCCUCCAAAUCCUGUAGCCAUAAAUGUCUGGCUAAUGGCAUUUCCAGGAGUGCUUCAGAGAAUUUAGAUGAGCUCUCUUCCUCCAGUAGCUGGUUACUUAACCAGAAGCACAAUAAGAAAAGGAGAAAAGACAGGACAAGAUUGAAAUCUCCAUCCUUGGCUAUCAUGAGUACAGCUGCUCGAACAAGGCCACUUCAGAGUUUCCACAAACGAAAACUCUACCGAUUGAGCCCUACUUUUUAUUGGACACCGCAGACUUUGCCUUCAAAAGAAACAACGUUUUUAAAUACUACACAAAUGCCUUGCUUGCAGUCAGCUUCAACUUGGAGUAGCUGUGAACAGGAUUCAAAAUCUCAGAUAUUAAGAGAACAUGUAUCAGAAUUGGACUCUUCUUUCCAUUCUGUCCUAUCAUUGCCAUCAGAUGUGCCUCUUCAUUUUCACUUUGAAACACUGUUUAAAAGGACUGAAAUAAAAGGAGAUCUUGCUGAAAAUAAAUUUAUAGGAGACUGUGUCAUAGCUCCAUCACCUGUACAUAAUACUUCUCUGAAUCAAUGGAGAAAUGGAUAUUCUCCUACAUGCAAGCCUCAAAUAAGGUCAGAAUCUUCUGCACAGCUGUUCCAGGGAAGAAAGAAAAGACACUUGAGUGAAACAGCAUUAGGAGAAAGAACUAGAUUUGAAGAAUUUGCUUUUCAACGCACAGAACCAGGAUCCCAUAGCAAUUUUACUGCUGUUACUAAUGUCAAUGUUAUAUCAAGAACCCAGAAUUCAUCAUCACAAAACACUGCACGACGGAGGCUGAGAAGCGAGAGCUCCUAUGACAUAGAUAACAUUGUGAUUCCCAUGUCAUUAGUGGCCCCAGCUAAGUUAGAGAAACUCCAAUAUAAGGAAAUACUUACUCCAAGCUGGAGGAUGGCUGUUCUUCAGCCUUUGGAUGAAUAUCAUGUAGGUGAAGAAGAGGUAGAAGAUCUUUCUGAUGAAGUCUUCUCCCUAAGACACAAAAAAUAUGAAGAGAGAGAGCAAGCCAGAUGGUCACUAUGGGAGCAAAGCAAGUGGCAUAGAAGAAACAGCAGAGCCUACAGUAAGAAUGUUGAAGGACAGGACUUGCUUUUGAAAGAAUACCCUAAUGACUUCCGUGGUGGUCAGCACGGUGCUGCCGAAAGUCCUGCUGAGCUUCCUUCAGAGAGCCAGGAUCUGAGUGCUCAGGGCUCACCUUCAUUAAAUGAAAGUCAAGAAACCAAGUCUUUGUGGUGGGAACGACGGGCUUUUCCGCUGAAGAAUGAAGACACAGAAGCCUUACUAUGCCAGGAUGAAAAAAAGGAUCACAGUGAAAGUUCGAGCCCAGCCUCCUGUGGUGAAAUCUUCUGUACCAGUGCACCAGAGAACGGUCACCAUCCGAAAAGGCAGGCAGACGAAAUGGAAGAGUACAAACCUUUUGGUCUAGGACUUACUCAUGUUAAAAAAAAUAGGUGACAGGGAACAGGUUAAGAAAAGUACGUAAGUGAAUGGAAGACAGGAGAAAAAAAAUAAGCCCUGUUCUCCAUCCCCUACCCCCUUCAGUCACGAUUCCAGAGUAAGAGCAUGUACUGCAUGUGUUAAUCUUUUAUGCUGUUAUAAAACAGGCAAGGUAGGUCUCUUUUUCCUUCUUGAACCACAGGAAUAACUAGCUUUUCACCUACAGACAAGUGCUAGUCUUUUGUGUUUAUGACGCAAAUCACAAGCACCAAAAAAUUAACUGCUGCAAUCUGAUGUUAAAUCACAUUACUGGGUAAAUGGUUUUUGAAAGACAUUAUACCCACACAUACAUGAUAUAUACAAGUAUACCUGUGCAUCAAAUGACAGCUCUUUUUCCUAUACAUUUCUAUGUAAUUUCUAUGGUUCCUUAAAGUUGCCUCAGAGGUAUAUUAGAAUAUACAAGCAUGUGUGUAUAGAGUAUACAUUCAUAUCCACACAUGUUGUUUUAAAAAACACUGGCAGUGGCCACUCCACUUGAAAAUGCAUGUAUGAGCUAUGCCAUCAGGUGUAAGCCACACUCCAAAACAAAGCACAGGCCCCAGUGAUAGUGGGUAUCUACAAGUCUUGAUGAUGGGGAGGGGAUUUUUUUUAAAAAACAUGUUUAACCAAUAGAAGUUAUUUAUGGAAAUUUCUAUACCAGGUAACACAAUACGCCUUUAUCUAAAAUCACCGUUAUCUGUUAGACUAAACACAGGUUACUUUCCAUUUGCUCCUAACAGAUUAAGACAAGCAAAGUAGAGUUAAAUAUUGGUCUCUUUUAAAACUUGAACUUUAUCUAUUUUAUGUAUCUUGUAAAGAGAAGACACCAACUUAAAAUAAGCAACAGGAAAGUACUAUCAGUAUAAAAAAUGUAUUUCUAGUGAAUUUGGUCAUUCCUUACUAUAGCUCACUCUAUUUAAAUAAGCAUCUAUUCUUGUAUUCUAGAGUGAGUGUACAUUAAGGAAAAUUCCCUUUGAAGCUGUCACUUAACUUUUUCAGUGUAGAAGUUGAGGACAACUUCUCUCAUGUAAAAAAAAAAGAAAAAAGGUUAUUCAAGUUAUAGUACCCAUGUAACUGACAAUCCUGGCCAUCUGGCCUAGUCUGGGGGGUCUGACACUAAGGUUUUUGUUAGGGAUUGGAAAUUAUACUAAUCCCUUUUUAAGGAAGGAAAAAAAUUCAGAUUCAAUACUGACAAAUUUUUGCUUGUAGUUUUACUGUACAUUUAUUUUUAAAGAAGAAAAAAGCCAGACAAAUCCAAGUUGUCUAGGCAAAUAAGCUCAAAUCUUUCUGUCAUGUCUGACAUUAUAAUCUUCUAUGUAAGUUUUUUAAUUAAAGUUAUUUCUAUAUGC